UUUCUCUACAGUGGCACAGCCUAUUGGAAAACCACCAUUCCUCUCUGCACUGCAGACUCUCGCUUUCAAGAUUCAACUGUCGCAAAUGGAGUUUUGGGGUGUUGAGGUCAAAAGUGGAGAGCCCCUUGAGGUGGAUCCUGGUGAUGGUUCGGUAUUGCGUCUUACACAGGCCUGUCUUGGAGAGGUCAAGGACAAAGGAAAUGAAAGCAUCUGCCUGUUUGUAAAAGUUGAUGAGCAGAAGCUUGUUCUUGGAACACUUUCUUAUGAGAAAUUCCCCCAGAUAUCUUUUGAUCUGAUGUUUGAAAAGAAAUUUGAGUUAUCCCAUAACUGGAAAAGUGGAAGUGUCUACUGCGCUGGAUUUAGAGCUUAUUAUGCACCUAAAGAUAUCAUCACAGAUGAAUCUUCUGAAUCUGAUGGUUACUUUGAUACAGACUUUGAUUCAGAGGAGGAUUUGCCUGUCAUCCCCCAUCAUAGUGAAAAAUCUGAGUUACAAGCUGUACAAGCUUCAAAGCCUGGUGGUACUUCAGCUAAACAGGUGAAGAUUGUGGAACCAAAUAAAGCUGAAGAUGCGGAUGAAGAUGUGGAUAAGGAUACAACUUCGGAUGAGGAUUCAUCUAAUGAAGAUGAUGAAACUGGUGAAAGUGAUGACAGUAGUGAAGAUGAGGGCAGCAGCGAAGACGAGGAUGAAGAGAUCCCAUCAAAGGCUGAAGCAAGCAAGAAGAGACCUGUUGAAGCUCCCAAAAAAACACCUGUUCCCGAUAAGAAAGCAAAAUUUAUUACUCCUGAGAAGACUGAUGGCAACAAAGCUGUUGGCCAUGUGGCCACUCCUCACCCUUCAAAGCAGGCUGGGACAAAACAGACUCCAAAACCAGGUGGAGCAUUCCCUUGUAAAUCAUGUAACAGGUCAUUCAGCUCGGAAACCGGCUUGCAGUCGCAUACAAAGGCAAAACACUGUGCUGGGAAAUGAAUGGCACCAUAGUACUAUUUGGUGAGCAUGUUCCUUUUGGGAUGAAUUAGAAAGACCAAGUUAGGUUUAGUAAAAUGUGAGUGGAAGGAGUAGUUUAGUAUGUUGUUUUAAUACUUUGGCCAACUUUGUUGGAGUUCAUUGAUAGUAACUUUGACCGUGUUCUGUUGCAAUCUCAUUCAGUAUUGAGUGUCAUAAUUGUCUCAGUUUCUUGAUGAAUGGUUGUUCAACCCAUUAGUUGUGCAGUAAUCUUUU